UCUUCCACUAACCAUUCCAAGUCUACUCACAAGAUCACCAAGAUGCUUUUCACCACUGUCCUUUCCCUCGCAGCAUUGAUCUCAUCGGCCGCAGCCGUCCUUAUCACCGCUCCUACCAAUACAUCAGGAUGGGAGACUUCCGGUUCUGAAGAAAUUACAUGGUCGACGGUCGCUACCGAUCCUACGACUUUUGAUAUUCAACUCAUCACCCCUCAAGAUCCCAAUACACCGAUCAACAUUACGUCUAACGUCGAUUCGUCGUCUGGGCAAUACACUUACACCCCCCCUUCUGACUUAGCGGUCGGUGGUAAUUAUAGGGUUAACAUCGUUUCUCCUAACGGUGGUAUUCUGGCUCAAAGUGAUUAUUUCAAUGUGACCCAGGGUACCAGUAGCGUAUCCCCUUCAUCAUCCGCACCAUCCAGUACCGCCUCCACUUCCGGUACCAGCUCAGGCACCACCACUUCUACCUCAGCUACUAGCUCUACUCCUGCUUCUUCCAGUCCUUCCGCGUCUGCGUCCGGAGCAGCGGGUCAGUUGGUGACCCCAGGAGGCGCGUUGAUGUUCCUCGCUGCUGCCAUCGGCGUAUUGGCCUGAGGACUCUGUCCAACGUCCCCUUGUCGAAUCAAUCCAAGGAGAGAACAAGCAACGGACUUUGAUAUGUGUAGAUGAUGUGUAGAUUCUAGAGUAGUAGUUGAUGCAACCUGCAUCACAUGUUGAAAAACGUUUCGCCGUACGAUCGCGAUCGCCGUGGAGUGCGUGGAAUGCAAAUCGGUCUUUGACUC